UCCAUUUCCCAAAGAGUGUGGGAGGGAGACAGAAGUGAAUGGCCUGAGACCUGGAUUCACAGCUUUAAAAGCAGGAGCGGGAUUUGGAGUUUGGGAUAAUUCUGCCCUUGGCCUGGAGAGAGUGAGGUGGAAUAUAGCAGAGUUCAUCUGGAAGUUGUCACUCACUGAGGGAGAGAAGGGAAGGAGCAUUAACAGGGUGCUGUCAGUCUCUCUUUCUCACCCCCUCAUAAUCUGAUGCUGUUGUCAUCACUCCAAGAGAGAGAGCUGUGGUUCAGGGGGUCCAGAUGGCAGGCAUGAGGGGCCCGGCCUGCACUGGAGUCUGGAUCUAGAGUCCACAGGGGCUCCCACUUCAACUGGACACAUUCCACAGGACUUGUGCCCAUGAGGUCGUCACCACUGGUCCUGCUCCUCCUGAUCGGCGUCCAGGCUGUACUGAACAUGGGAGGUGGAUUGGCCUGGAGCGCCGGGGCAGCCAACCACAAAGUAGGACAGCAGACGGCAGCCAAUCACAGAGCAGGACGGCAGCAGACAGCAGCGGGGGACCACCUUUCUGAACACCAUUCUUCACAGGAGCAUCGUAGGACCAGCCACCACAGGACCAAGAGGCCCCAUCGGGCAGCUUCCCACACCCAGGAUAGGAGCCCUGCCGUCGGGCACUCUACUUCAGAUUCCCCCCGUGACCCCUCCAUCCCAGUGGUGGACCCCAAGCUCUUCUCCAAGAGGCGUUACCGCUCUUCGCCCCGUGUUGUCUUCAGCGAGGUGCCCCCAUCACAUGAUGCCCUGGAAGGUGAGGGCUAUGACAUUGAAGGGGUGAGGGGGGUGAGAGUAAGGCGCAGAGCAGGAUCGCACACCAUGCACCGAGGAGAGUACUCAGUAUGUGACAGCAUAAAUACCUGGGUGGGCAACCUGACACGAGCCACAGACAUAGCUGGGAAUGAGGUGACAGUGCUGCCCAACGUUACAAUCAACAACGUGGUGAAGAAACAGUUCUUCUAUGAGACCACCUGCCGAUCCCCCACGCACAGAGGCUCCGGGACUGCAAACGGGGGAAGGCCAGGGGGACGGGGUGGCAAACAGGGCUCCAAAUCAGGCAACUCGGGCUGUCUUGGCAUCGACAGUCGCCACUGGAACUCCUACUGCACCAACACACACAUAUUCGUAAGUGCCCUGACCAUCUUCAAGGAACGGACAGCUUGGCGUUUCAUCCGCAUCAACGCUGCAUGUGUGUGUGUUCUCAGCCGGAAGUCUUGGGCGGGACGACUGGGGCACUGACUGGGGAGGAUGACUCCUGACCACUGAACUAUGAAUCAAGCACACACAUUUCUACUAAACAGCCACUGCAGCUUUAUUGCCAAUACUGUAAUCCUCCUCUUCCCCACCUCCAAACAUACACACAUACUGACCAUAGCAUUCAAUCCAUCAACAUACACACACACACACACACACACACACACACACACACACUCAUACACACAUACACAAACAGCUUCAUCUAUCCAACCCCUUGGCCCCUGACCCUACCUCAGUCCAAGAAGUCCUGGUUGUUUUAAGUUAUGAGGACUGCAUGUCAUAUUUAUGGUUUAUACAGUCAAAUAUGAAAAUAUAUACAGUAUGUGUAUAUAUACAAAAUGAAUUCAAGCUUUUAAUGUUGUUGUUAUUGUUGUUGUGUUGUUCAUGCUGUUAUUUAUUAAACACCUCAGUACUUGC